CCAGCAACUCAAUUUCUCAACAUGUCACAUCCACGUCGGGCAUCUAUGGAAAGUCGCCAUUCCACGUCCAAGUGGGCGCAAACCACUGCGCCCACCCUUCGUGAUUCCGACUCCGUAUCAUGUGCAUCUUCGAUAGAUACGCAGGGCGAUCGAGAAGGAUUGGGAAGAGCUCUGACUGCACAUACAAGUAGAGCCUCUGAUCAUAUGUCUCUAGCGGAGCGGGUGACAACAAUUCCGACCAACAUGACAUCGGAUCCGAACUACGAGGUCGAUUGGGAGGGUGAAACCGAUCCACAAAACCCCAAGAAUUGGAAGCUUUGGUACAAGUCUAUGAGCAUGGUAUUCUUGUCAUGGAAUACUUUGAUUGUUGUUCUAUAUUCCACUUCCUACACUUCAGGUGUGCAGCAAAUUAGCAAGGAGUUCGAUACUUCCACUACUGUCGUCACUCUCGGAUUGACUGUUUAUCUGGUUGGACUCGCGAUUGGAUCAAUGUUCACGGCGCCUCUCAGCGAAGUUUAUGGUCGAAAGCCGGUCUGUGUGGUCUGCCUGGCACUAUUCACCGUUCUGAUCAUUCCAUGUGCUGUUGCGAAAUCGGUGACAACCCUGCUGGUGGUCCGUUUCUUCGGUGCUUUCUUUGGUAGCGUCAUGAUCUCGACGGCACCGGGCAUGGUCGCUGAUCUGGUGGAUGAUGAGCACCGAGCACUCGCUUUCUCAAUCUGGAGUAUCGGCCCACUGAAUGGACCUGUACUGGGACCCGUCAUUGGCGGGUUCGUGACGCAGUAUCUGGGUUGGCGAUGGAUGUGUUGGAUCGCGCUAAUUCUUUCUUGCGUGGCGCUUGCCUUUGCCCUGAUUCUUCCGGAAACAUACGCACCCACUCUUUUGCAGCGGAAAGCUGCUCGGCUGCGCAAGGAGACGAAUGAUUCGCGAUGGUGGUCCCGCUACGAUCAAAAAUCGACCCUACUCGAAAUACUAGCUCUCAACCUGAGUAGACCGUUUGUGAUGGCUGUCACCGAACCUAUCUGUAUAUUUUGGAACAUUUACAUCGCCAUUGUGUACGCCAUUCUGUAUCUUUGUUUCACCGCGUAUCCCAUCGUCUUCAGGCAAAUUCGUGGGUGGGACCUCGGGUUCUCCGGUCUCGCGUUCCUCGGCAUCGGUGCUGGAGUACUCAUCACGAUCGCCUGUGAGCCGCUGGUUCGUCGGAUGAUCAACAGCCAUCCCAAAGAUCCAGAGACCGGCAGUGUUCAACCCGAAGCCAUGGUGUCCUUUGUGUGCAUUUGCUCUGCGCUCAUUCCAAUAGGUGAGCUUUGGUUUGCGUGGACCUGCUCCCCGGCCUCGAUUCAUUGGAUCGUGCCUUUGCUCGCGGGCAUUCCCUUUGGCGCAGGUAACACGGGUGUCUUCAUCUAUGCGUCGAACUACCUGACGCAUAGUUAUGGUAUGUACGCCGCAUCUGCGAUGGCCGGAAAUUCGGUCAUCCGGAGUGUCCUGGGCGGAGUUCUACCGCUGGUGGGCCCAUACAUGUACAACAGUCUGGGUGCAAACUGGUCCGGCACAUUGUUGGGAUUGCUAGAGGUGGCUAUUAUACCAAUUCCCAUCAUCUUCUACAAGUAUGGCUACAAGAUCCGCAUGAAGAGCACCUUGAUUGUGCGCAUGCAGGAAGACAAGAAGAAGUUGGAAGGGAAACGGGCGCGGAAGACACCGCACCCUUCUCAGGACGCUAAAUCCACCAUGGUGGUCGAGGAUGUGGAAAAGCAGGACUGUCGCGUCUGA